AUGCUUUCGCCACUCCGCGCCGCGGCAGUCCCCGCCAGCGCCAGCCUCGCGCCGGCCGCCAGACGCGCCGCCAUCGUCUCAUCAUCACCACGACGCCCGUGCCGCCGCUGCUCCCCCUCGACGCCGACGCCGACGACGAGCAUCGCUGGCAGCCGGCGGCACGUCCACCUCAGCGCCCUCGGCGACGCCGUCGUCUGGACCGCCGACGGCGUCAGCGCGCUGCACCACGCCGCCGGCCUCCCCUGGUACCUGGCCAUCCCGCUCGUCGCCGUCGGCGUCAACCUCACUUUCCGCCUCCCCAUCCAGCACUACACGCGCCGCCUCGUCGUCCGCCGCGCCGAGCUGAACCCCCUCGUCUCCGCGUGGGCCUCGCGCCACGCCGCUUCUGUGCCUGCCGCCGCGCCCCCGACCGCCACGGGUGCCGGAGGCGGGAGGAGUCUCGAGGCCGUGGAGCGGACAUGGAGACUCCGCGUCGCUGGCCUGACGGAGCGGUCGCGCCGCCGCAUCUACAAGGCCUGGGGCGUCCAGCGCUGGAAGACGCUUGCCCCGUUCCUCAGCAUGGUGCCCUUCGUCGUUGUCUCCGAGGCCCUGCGCAGGCUGUGCGGUGCCCCCAUGGGCUGGCUCAGCCAUCAGAUGGGCCUUGCCAAUGUUGAGCGCGUCUCCGCCGCCCUCUCCGACUCGACUGGCCUGUUCGACCAGUCCCUCGCCCAAGGCGGCUGCCUCUGGUUUGCGGACCUGACCGCCAUGGACCCCUACUACGUCCUACCGCUGCUGUGCUCAGCUCUGUUGGCCCGCACCUCGUGGGGACGCCUGUCCAAGGAACAACUUCGCGCGCUGCUCUCCAUCGACAGGUCCGGCGCUCGUGUCGCGCCUAUCACGAGGAUACAAACCGCCAUUGGCAGGACGCUCCUACUCGUGCCCCUCUUCCCAAUAGUCUUCGCCGACCUGCCCAGCGCCAUCUUCCUCUACUGGGUCACGACGUUUGGCCUCAACGAUGUCAACGAAUCCAUUAUUCAAAGGCUCGUGCCGAAACCGGCACCCAAGCUCAAGCUAGGGCCCAAGGCAGCGCCGGCGCUGCCGUAUCUACGUGGCGCCAUGACAAAAAGUCCAUCAGAAAGAAGUGAAUAGGCUUGCAUUGCGCAAUGCGGAUUGGUCGUCUCGACGGAGGGCCCGACCCUCGUGUACAUACUCAUCAUGCUGUAUACAUAUAGAACUCCUACAAACGCCCACGCGGUUUGCUGUAAUGAAAUAGACAAAGAGGCUCUG